CCACUUGACACCAUAAUCAGAUAUUUGCAUAAACAAUAGCACGUUUUACCCAUACCGGAGUAUGGCUUAUCUCAACCACUUUCAAAUACGUCAAUUAUGAUAGCGAUAACACUUUUCGGCAAAAUAGGUACCUCCCAUAGAGCCAAUUGAACGGGACCACCAAGGCACAAACUAGAGGGUCCAUCAUAAACUUUAUAUAAAUACCUUAGACAAGCUAAUUAUGAGGGACUUACUUGUGGUAUUAUAUGACCCCUUAUCGAUCGCCGAUAAUGGCUUUGGAUCCGCUAUAUAAAAGCGCAAACGCAUCGCCUCGGGCCAAGAGUUGGUUCGUGAAAGUAACUGAAGAAAAUUAUGUGGAUUUUUUUGAAAUUUUUAGUAGUCCUGACGGUAAUAAACACCGCAACAGGCGCAGCCGCUAAUAAGGCGUGGUGGAAAAGCGCAACAUUCUACCAAAUAUAUCCGCGUUCAUUUAAAGACAGUGAUGCUGAUGGCAUCGGCGAUAUAAAAGGCAUUAUGCUACAACUGCCCUAUCUGAAAGAGAUCGGAAUCGAUGCCACUUGGCUUUCGCCCAUCUUCACCUCGCCAAUGGCAGAUUUCGGUUACGAUGUGGCCAAUUUCACGGAAAUCGAUCCGAUGUUCGGCACACUAGACGAUUUCGAAGCACUGUUAGCAAAAGCUAAAGAGAUUGGAGUGAAAAUCAUUUUGGACUUUGUGCCCAAUCACACGAGUGAUGAGUGCGAGUGGUUUAUUAAAUCAGUACAGAAUGAUCCAGAGUAUAGGGACUUCUAUGUUUGGCAUCCAGGUAAGAAUAAUUCGCUUGUGCCACCAACGAACUGGAUAAGUGUUUUUCGCGGCUCCAUGUGGACAUGGAAUGAACAACGCCAGGCCUACUAUCUGCAUCAGUUUCAUGCCAAGCAACCGGAUCUUAAUUAUAACAAUCCCAAAGUGCGCGCAGCCAUGAAGGACGUGUUACGUUAUUGGGUGCGCAAAGGUGUUGCCGGUUUUCGUGUUGACGCCGUGCCACAUAUCUAUGAAGUGACUACCGAUGCUAAUGGCAAUUGGCCUGAUGAACCACGUAAUCCCGAUGUGCAGGAUUCCGAAGACUAUGAAUACCUGCAACACGUUUACACCACCAACCAGCCUGGCACACUUGAUGUUGUCUAUGAGUUUCGUGAGGUGAUGAAGGAACUGGAUGAGGAACUAGGCGGUGAUGAACAUGUGCUCUUGACUGAAGCUUAUGCGCCCCUCAACACCUUGAUGAUGUAUUAUGGAAAUGACACCGUGGAAGGUGCACAAAUACCCUUUAAUUUUGAGCUAAUCAGCAAUGUGAACAAAGAUUCGAACGCCUACGACUACUCGAAUUUAAUACACAACUGGUUAGAUAAGAUGCCUGCUGGUUGCGUAGCAAAUUGGGUGCUAGGCAAUCAUGAUCAAUCACGCAUUGGCACACGUCUGGGAAAAGAUCGCAUUGACUUGAUCAAUGUAUUACUGAAGACUCUACCUGGCAUUAGUGUCACAUACCAAGGCGAGGAGAUUGGUAUGACGGACGUCUGGAUUUCCUGGCAAGAAACUGUAGAUCCACAAGGUUGCCAAUCGAACCCCGAAGAGUACGAACGUCUCACUCGCGAUCCUGUGCGUACACCAUUUCAGUGGAAUGAUGAACACAAGGCCGGUUUCACUAAAGCCGACAAAACCUGGCUGCCCUUGGCAGCUGAUUAUGAGCUGGUUAAUGUGAAACGUGAACGCGGCAUUGCCAAUAGUCACCUGAAUAUCUACAAACAGUUGCAGCUUUUGCGUGCAACGAAGACAAUGCGCGAAGGCGACGCCGAAGUAAAACCAAUCAGCCAAAAUGUUUUAGGCAUUAAGCGUUUUUUAAACGGCGAGCGCACUUACGUUGUGCUUCUGAAUCUACACGAUAACGUGGAGAUGAUCAACUUAAAUUCUGUGUUUGGUGAUCUCACGAAUGAAUUGGAAUAUGUGUUGGUGACUGACAAAAGCGUAAGACGCAAGGGGGAUAAGGUUCAUGCAGACACCAUUAUAUUAAUGCCUAAGGAAGCUAUUGUGCUGGCCACAAACGCCUAAGUCUGACACUUUCUAUUUAUAUAGUUUAAGCAAUUAUCUAAUAUUUUAUAUUACACAUAGGACUGAUAAAUAAAUGUAUAUAUUUUGAUACACAGA